CCCGAGACAAGUUUGACAGUCGCCACUUCUCAAAGUGAAGAAAGAAACAUCGAGAAAAGAAAGCGAGAGAACCGCUCCGAGUCGUGACUCGUCGGCCAUGGCGCAGCCGUCGGCGGCGGCGAGGAAGCCCUCGGCAGCGCCAACCGUCGUCCUGACACUUGUCCUGGCCCUCGCCUCCGCGGGCCUCCUCUUCCUCCUAGUCCACCUCUCCCCUUCGUCGCCAUCCGCGCACCCGCACCCCCACCGCCGCCUCCGCCUGCGCGGUGCCCACCUCAGGCACGGAGGCGCCAUCCCGCACCAGAUCCCGUUCGACCCCGUCAUCGCGGACCUCGAGCGCCUCCUGGACGACCGCGAGUGGGAGCGCCUGGCUGCCGCGGGGCUGCACGCGCCGGGCAUGGAGUCUGCCCCCGUGCCAGAGGACCUUGCCGACUACGAGGACGAGUACAUCAAUGACGCCGCGCGGUUCAACAUGACGCUGCGCGUGGCGGCGCUCUUCCCCAAGAUCGACGUGGACCCCGCCGACGAUGCCGUGACGGGCGCCGAGCUGGCUGCGUGGAAUCUCGCGUCCGCGCGGCGGGAGGUGCUGCACCGCACCGCCCGGGAGCUCGACCUGCACGACCGCGACCACGACGGCCGCGUCGCCUUCUCCGAGUACGAGAGGCCCAGCUGGGCUUGGCGGUUCGACGAUAAUAACUCAACCAGUGAUGGGAUGGGAUGGUGGAAGGAGGGGCACUUCAAUGCUGCGGAUAUGGACGGUGACGGCUUUCUAAAUCUGAUGGAGUUUAACGACUUCUUACAUCCAGCUGAUACUACCAACCCAAAGCUAAUACAUUGGUUGUGCAAAGAAGAAGUCAGGGAAAGAGACAAAGAUAAUGACAGGAAGCUCAAUUUCCAAGAGUUUUAUAGUGGUUUGUUUUACUCAGUUCGACAUUACGAUGAUGAAACUUCAACAGAUGACUCCAAUGGCUCUAAUGCACCGGCUAGAAAAUCGUUUUCACAGCUUGAUCUGGAUAAUGAUGGGCUUUUGUCAGCAGACGAGCUAAAACCUAUCAUCGGAAAACUCCAUCCAGCAGAAAACUUCUAUGCCAAGCAACAAGCUGACUAUGUGAUAUCACAGGCUGACACAAACAAAGAUGGACAGCUGAGUUUGAAUGAGAUGAUUGAGAACCCCUAUGUAUUUUACAGUGCUUUAUUCACAGAAGAUGAUUAUGGAUCUCAUGACGAGCUCCGGUAGUUCCUUCAAGUAGGUGGUAUUCAGGACCUUUGAACGCUUGGUUAGACAUUGCUGCGGAUAUAUAUCUUCAAUGAUCUGUUGGCCCCAUCUACUGCCUUGCCAAGCACAUUUCACGGUAUAUCAGUUGAAGUACAUUAUCAGUUCUUAUUCAUUGCUUUUGCACCGAAGUAUUCGAGUGCUUGCUAUUUUCUAAUCCAUGAUUUCCUUCUUUACCAGGCGAUUUCCAUGUAUAACACAAGCGUGCAUUUCCACACGCCUGUUUUAGCAACAGACCAUUCAUUUGUUACAUUAAGAUGCUUGAAUUAGUUUCAUGUUUUGCAUGGCAAGUUAGCAUUGGUUCUUCCAUAUAUAGUUUUUGGUGUGCAAAAGUAGGUUGUUGUUCCAGGAUCACACACUUGUAAACUAUGAAACCAGGAAGGUGCAGCUGUAGGGCUUGUAUGUAUGUAUGUAACUGGCAUUCCUGAACCCUAUCUGUAAACAUUGUGAAGUUAUGUUCUAUGAAAAUGAUUCUAUUC